UGUAGUGCCUGGAGGUCGGCUAGCAGUUUGGUUCUGCUGGGAAGCAAGAAAUUGAUAUCUGGGAAGGAGGAAAAGCUUCAAUUUCUGAAACAACGGAACCAGACAUUGUGGGUAUUGAAGGUUUGGUGAAGCAAACAUGGCUUGAAUAGCUCCAUCUAGAGUGUCUUCUCCUCUGUCAAAGACAUCUGUAUUUCCUUCCUAAUAGAGGCUGAGUUUCUUCUGGUGGAAUUUUGUUGUCAUCUAAGAGGAUCUGGGUGAUGGAUGCUGGACUGAAAUCUAUUGUACAAUAGGAUUCUUUAAGCUCUAAAGACUUGGCCUUUCUGGAAGUUAUCCUCUGUUUCUGUGGCUAUCCUGAACUGCCCAAUCCAUUUCCAUCCCCACUUCUACCCUUUUCCCAUCUGCCAAACAUCCCACCUGUGGUGAUGGCAAUGCACUGGGCGUUGCUCUGCCUUAUCUUUUCCCCACCAGUGAUAGCUUCUGAAUAUGGCUUACCCAAAUUUAUCUGCAGUCCUAUGCCACUGGACAUGGAUAAUGGGUGCCAGUCAACUGGCCAGCAACGACAUGGAGUGGCAGCUAACAGUGGAGGCAAUGGCCGUUGGGUGGGGACUCUAGAAGAAGCUAAGGAAACAAUCCUGCAUCUGCGAGAGACAGUGGUGCAUCAAAAGGAAAUGAUCCUUGACCAGAGGGAGACAGUGAGGGAACUGACGGCCAAGCUGAGCCGCUGUGAAACCCAUCCCCGGAAGCAUGGUGAGCACCAUGGAAAUCAUCAGGAAGAGAAUCAUAGCCAUAACCACGGUCAUCGUGAAGGUGGGCAUCGUACCCAUCAUGAUAAUGGUCAAAGGGGACAUUAUGAGGAUGUCCACCAGUCUCACCAUGAAGGUGGCCAUAGGGGACACAGUGAGACUGGCAAUCGAGAUCUCCGCAAAGGCCUCCAUGCCCAAGAGAACGAGUAUCAUCAGACUGGACAAUUGGAGAACCAUGAAACACAAGUUGGGCACAACACUCAUGAUUCUUUUCACAAAGGACCUGCAUCCACUCAUGCUAAUGCUAUGGAAGAUCCACCCAAUGAGGCGUCUGCUGCAACACAUCAGAUGGAGAGAAUGUUGAAAUCACUUAAGGAGAGACUGGAGCAUUUACAGCACAACUGGAAUAGCUCAGCCUUCUCCAUGUCCCUGUGGGAUGCUCUUCAGGAAAAGAUAAGCAUUUUGGAGCGUCAGAUCCAUGAGAAACUGAACACUUCAGAAUAUCACACACAUGGUGUACCGAGAGCAAUGGAGAUGAGACAGAGGCCUGUUUCUCAUGGACACACUGUGGAGAAAGCUCAGUGCCACUUUUCUGCUUUCUUCUGUCCUCCAGGGAACAAGCUAGAGAAGCAUUCUGAACGUUUUCAUGUGGGUUUCCCUCUUCGCACCAACUACAUGCAUGUCAAGAUCAAGCGCACUCUGCAUCGUGAAAUCUUUGCCUUCUCCAUCUGUCUCUGGCUCAAGUCAAGUUCAGCCCCAGGGAUAGGCACACCUUUCUCCUACUCAGUGCCCGGCCAAGCCAAUGAAGUGGUACUUAUUCAAUGGGGAAAUAACCCCAUGGAGUUGCUCAUCAACGAUAAGGCUGUCACAUUGCCAUUGGCCAUUAAUGAUGCCAAAUGGCACCACAUCUGUGUGACAUGGUCAACUCGGAAUGGCAUCUGGGAAACUUACAAGGAUGGUGUCCAAAGAGGGAGUGGGGAGAACUUGGCUCCUUGGCAUCCAGUGAAACCUGGGGGAGUUUUCAUACUAGGCCAGGAGCAGGAUACUCUUGGGGGCCGCUUUGAUGCUACUCAAGCUUUCAUUGGGGAAAUCUCAGAUUUCAACAUGUGGAGCUAUAUUGUGACACCUGGUGAAAUUUACAAGAUGGCAACCUGCAGUAGCUCCAUUGGUGGUGAUCUUAUCAGCUGGACUGAAAACUCUAUGGAACUUCAUAGAGAAGUGAUCAAACUACCAUAUAAUGCCUGCCACUAAGAAUCAAUAAAAGAAUCAUGGAUGUAACAUUCUCUGGAAGAAAAGGAUACCUAAUAGUUAAAGGCAAAGCAUGGGAUGGAUUUCAGAUUUAUUUAAUACAGCAGUUGGAAAGAGGUUGGGAAACCAAAAUUUCUGGGUUCCUUGGGAAAAG